GUUCUUGGUGUGUUGUUCAACUUAGUUGCCUAGCAACCAUAUGUUUAUUAAAAUGGAUUUAUGAUGUUAAGUUGUAAUAUGGUUAGAAUUUGCCCUCGCAAGACCUGUUACGGCAAUUGUUGAAACGCGAGGCUUUGCAUAUGUUUCUGUCAUCAAAGACGCAUUUAAUUAGUGGCAUACUAUGUCAGUAAAGGCCUUUAACAUUUCUGUUGAUUUGGACGUCCAGGCAGUAACAUGUCCAGGUGUGUGGUUAUGCCCAAAUGGUGAAAUCAUCUUGAAACUUUGUAUGUUUGGAAGUUCAGCUAGAACAUCUCAUGUAUCACCAAUAUUUCCCUUGUUGUAUCACCAAAAAUUCAUCUUUCAGAAGACUUUCCAAAAUGUCCGUUGUUUAACAGAUCUGCAGCAUCUCCUGGGCAAAGAAUUAAUACAUGCAGAGCUGAUACAAUGUUCUGAUCGCAGUGAUGUGAUUCUGGCAUCAUUUGAAACAACAGUAUUCGAAUUGUUAUUCCCUUCUCCACAUGUGAAAAAUUUAAUAGCAGGUGUAGAUGUUGAUCUUCUGAUGACACCAACAGGAUAUUUUCCUGGUAUUUUAGGUCCAAUGAUUCAGGUAUUAACCAGCACAAUGAUAGAAGAAGUUGUGGACACAUCACCUUUCCAUAAGAGAAAUCCUGGACUUAUAAAUCCAAAGAUGCUGAGUUCCAAGAGAGCCAAAACAUUGCAAGAUUCACCCACUCGGCUACCCAUUUCAACGUCAGCUUCUGAAAGAGAGUACAAUCCACAUUCACAUUAUAACAGUGUCAUGGAUCCAGUUUUCAUCAGACAAAAUGGAGGCAAACAAGGAAAGACACAAGCAAUAAAACCUUGUAAACAUGCCUGCACCACAUCAAAGAAGUGUAAACAGAGUGAAUUUCAUUCUUUCUCAGACAGGCGUUGUUGCGCAUCGGAUGAAGUCAGAAUGGCAGGAGCAGUUCAUCACCACAUUCAUAAUAACCUAAAUGCUUCACGCUACUAUCGGUUUAUUGGGGAAAGUCUAUCAUCAUUGAAGUAUCCUUGCAACAUUUCUGAGCAAAGGCAAGUUACCCGUUGUGGAAAAUCCCAGUAUCGUGAGGAGUUCUAUCGUGAUCUUGAGAACUUCUACAGAAAACUGAAUAGUUGGUUCAAAUAG